AUGCUCCUCAAACGCACUAUUUUCAUCCUCAAGAGUCUCAUACUCACUAAUAUCCGUCUCCUCCCUGCGCUGGCUAGUUAUCUUGGUACCUUUAACGCUAUGGAAUCGACUGAAUGUGCUUGUGGACGAGGCCUUCAAGAUAUACGCCAUGUUCUCCUCCACUGUACCAACCAGGCUGGCCCCCGGAUGCGCCACCUUACGGAGGGAUCAAGGCGGGAGCUGGAUUACCGGGCCUACCUAACACGCCCAGACCUGGUACCGAAGGCAGUGCGCUUUAUGCUUGAGACAGGCCUCCUAGGCCAGUUUCAGACGCUACCAACCACAUACCAAGUCACGACAACGGACUUGAGGCAACCAGCAGCAUAG